AUGUUGAUGGUUGAGCUCCGUCGGACAGAACGAGCCAAGCUGUUCGUGUUGAUGCGAUGGGAUGAUUUGUUCACCAUUAUGCUGGGCCAACUCGUCGGAUCCGCCAUGCUCUUGGCCGCUACCGCAAUCUUUCUCUACUACACGGCCUGGACUCUUCUCAUGCCAUUUGUCGACCCGGACCACCCCCUCCAUGACCUUUUCCCUCCUCGUGUAUGGGCUAUCCGCAUCCCUGUCAUCCUUACUCUCCUCGGAUCGGCUGUGGUUGGUACAUUCAUCGGAAUCGUCAUGAUCAACAGCAACAAGAAGAAGGCGGCCAAGGCCAAGGCUGCGGCAGCGAAGAAGAAGACUUGA